AUGUACAGAAAGUUUGCCUCAAAUAACAACUAAACAAUAGCAAAUGUAUUAGGAUUAAAGUUUUUACUAAGAGACUUUUCUGAGAUUACUUCAAAACAGUUCGAUAAAUUAAGUUAAGAAGAGGUCAAUUAACUUUUGAUCAUAUAACAACUAAAUAUGAAUUGGAAUUAGGUAUAUAGUAAAAAUUAAUGAUAGAAUAUCAGUAACAUAAGUAGAAAGUACUAGUUCUAGAAAUUUCAAGACUCAUUUAGUUUUAUGGGUUAAGUUUCAUAGAUAGCAGAUUAGAUGAAACGUAAUAAUUAAAAAAAUAAUUUAGAUUAUCCAAAAUGGUUUAAUAAGAAUGGAUUAGUUACUAUGGAAUUGAUGAGUCCUGAAGUUCAAGGAGUGACAUUUAAGGAUAUCAUUCUUGCUCAUUCAGCUGAACAAAUUGCUUAACUGAUUGAGAGUAGGCCUAAAAAUUCAAUUUUCGACAACUGUGAUAUUCAUGUGGAGAAUCUUAUAUCUUCAUGGAAUAACAAUUAUUAGAAAUUUCAAGGAUUAAACCAAGUCUUUGAGAGAUCUAUGAAUUUCAUUUGAUUAAAUAUAAU